ACUAUGCAUCAGUAUGAAAAGUGAGAUGAUCAAAGGAAGAAUGGCUGAACAGUGUCUACCAUCAUUUAUGAAGCAAAUGCCUUGUGACCUAAAUGCUACCCUUUUCACGUUACUUUCCAUCGUGAUCAGCAUGUUGCUGGUGUUUAAGAUCACAAGAAGAAGCAAACGAAAUCUACCUCCAUCCCCACCAAAACUACCUAUAAUUGGCAAUUACCAUCAGUUAGGAACACUCCCCCAUCGCUCUUUUCAAACCCUCUCACAAAAAUACGGUCCUCUAUUGUUGUUGCAACUAGGUCAACUUCCCGUUUUGGUGGUUUCCUCAGCAGAUUUGGCCAAAGAAGUUCUGCAAAACCAUGACCUAGAUUUUGCAAGCAGGCCACACCUCACAGCCCCGAAGAUCUUACUCUACGGAUGCAAGGACGUUGGUUAUUCAUCCUACGGUGACUUGUGGAGACAGAAAAGGAAACUGUGCGUGAUUGAAUUGCUGAGCCUGAAAAGGGUGCAAUUAGUUCAGUUCAUUAGAGAGGAGGAAGUGAAGGCACUGGUUAGUAACAUACGUAAAGUGUGUUCCAGUAAUGGUUGCGCUGUGAACCUCAGCGAGUUUCUCGUUGCAACCGCAAACAACGUAGUCUGUAGGUGUUUAUUCGGAAGGAAAUACGAUGCUGAUGAUGGUAAAUGUAGAUUUGGGGAGCUUGCGAGGGAGGUGAUGACUCAAGUUUCAGAUUUCAGUUUGGGAGAUUUGUUUCCUUUGUUGCGUUGGGUUGGUGUUAUGAGUGGCCAAACUAAAAAAUAUAAGGCUACUUUUGGAGCAUUGGAUGCUUUCUUCGAUCAUCUAAUUGCAGAGCGUAAGAUGGCAAGGAGUGAUUCCGAGAAGAAAGACUUCUUAGACGCUCUCCUUGAACUUCAAGACAGUGACAAGCUUGAGUUCGAGCUCACAACUGAUGACCUAAAGGCACUCAUCAUGGACAUGUUUUUGGGAGGAAGUGACACAACUUCAACAACACUAGAAUGGGCUAUGACUGAGCUUGUAAAAAAUCCAAGCAUCAUGAACAAAGUGCAGGAAGAGGUAAGAAGAGUUGUGAGAAAUAAAUCGAAAUUAGAAGCCAAUGAUAUCGAUCAGAUGGACUAUUUAAAAUGUGUAGUGAAAGAAACUCUGAGGUUACACCCACCUGCUCCACUUUUGGUUCCUCGAGAAACAAGAUCAAAUGUUAAACUUGGAGGAUAUGAUAUUCCCAAUAAAACAAUGGUAUUUGUGAACGCAUGGGCAAUUCAGAGGGACCAUGAAUUUUGGGAAAAGCCUGAGGAAUUUAUACCGGAGAGAUUUGAAAGCAGCGAGGUCAAUUUCAAUGGUCAAGACUUCCAAUUUAUUCCAUUCGGUUCUGGGAGAAGAAAAUGUCCUGGUAUGGCGUUUGGUCUUGCUUCAGUCGAAGAUAUACUUGCUAAUAUUUUAUAUUGGUUCGAUUGGAAGGUACCUGGAAGUGGUGGAUCUGAUAAAGAGCUAGACAUGAGUGAGAAAUUUGGGCUCACUGUCAACAAGAGAGUACCUCUGUAUCUUGAACCAAUACCAUACCCAAACUAAACAUUGCCCAACUUUAUUUAAUUUUGUGUGUAUUUGUUGUUGUAAUGCAUAUGUUGUGGACAAAAGGGUGAUGUAGUUGGUAGUAGCAAAUAAAUAAGUGAAAUAGGCGUGUCGGCUUCGAUGUUCACAAAUGAUGGGUCAAUAAGUGUUUGGCAAGUAGAAUUAAUGAAGAUUAUAUAAUGCCUUGUCAUUAUUUUCACUUUUAAAUUUCA